GAAAAUAAUAUACCCACAUGGGCGGGUAUUCAUGUACCCUCAUGGGAAACUUACAAAAGAGUUUUUGAUGAACCAUUUGACACAUUGUGGUGGUUUGGAGAGGUCUACCAUAAUAAGCAUGGACAAAAGUGGCCGAUGGAAGGGCAGACACCUCCAGAAGGUUACGUUUAUCCUUCGAUGAAAGAAGUCAGAAUAGCUAUUGUUUUGGCGGUUGUUCUUACUAUUUGCCGCUUCACUUUUGAGAGGUUGAUAGCAGAGCCUAUCGGAAGAUGGUUCGGACUAAGACACAAACUUGGAGGAACUCCUGCAGGGCCUAACGCUAAACUGGAAGCUAUGAUAGAGAAGAACAAGAAACCUACUUCAGAACAAAUAGUGGCUGCUGCUCAAGAUGCAGAUAUGGAGAUAAGGACAGUAGAAAUAUGGGUGCGGAGAAAACAACGCGAGCUAAUGCCCAGCAAACUAAACAAGUUCAAAGAAGCACUGUGGAGACUGUUCUUCUACACUACCGCCUUUAGUUACGGUGUUAGUGUUCUGUGGCCCGAGGAGUUCCUAUGGAACACACAGUUAUGUUGGGUUGGCUUCCCCGAUCUCACUUGGGCUGUCAAGAAAAGCCUGUACUACUACUACCUUCUAGAAGGAUCUUUCUACCUGUCUCUCAUGGUAUCCCAGUUCAUGGACACAAAACGUAAAGAUUUUUGGGAGAUGUUCCUUCACCACAUUGCUACACUUGCUCUUAUUGGGGGUUCUUGGUUUGGCGGUGCCUACAAAGUAGGGGCUAUAGUGAUGGCUACCCACGAUGUCAGCGACGUAUUUCUGGAGGCUGCUAAAGCAUCCAUCUACGUAAAGAAACACUUUUGGAGUAAUCUGUUCUUUGGUUGCUUUACUGUAACCUUUUUCUCAAGCAGACUAGUCAUGUUACCUUAUAAGGUUAUACACUGUGCUAUUGUUGAAGCGAAUGCUGCUAUUUACAAUUGGCCAGUUCACUUUCUCUACGGCUCCUUCUUGAUCACUCUUCAGAUUCUUCAUAUUUACUGGUUCACGUUCAUCAUCAAACUGUUAAUAAAGAUCGCUGGUGGGUCUGGGGAUGUGAACAAGGAUGACCGCUCCGAGGACGAGACACCCUCUACAAGUACAAGCGAAGAAACAGAAAAUAAGAAAGACAAUUAAUUAAAUACUUUUAGCUAUUAGUUCUUGUAAUAUUAGUUCGUCAAUAUAUAUACACCACGCCCACGCAUCAACCAAAACGUAACAAAGUGUUAUAUUUAUUGUUGUAAUUCAAAUACAAUUUUAGAUUCUUGUUACUAUGCAAUGAAACGUUGUUUUAUCGUAUUAUCUCAUUAUCGCAUUAUCACUAUACCAUUCAUUGCAUGCGCGUCAUUUUAUCAUGAUUAACCCGUAAUAUAAACUUAUAAAAGUGCCACGAUUUAGAAUUGGCAGUUGAGAUUUCCAAUUGUUACGGCAUUUCUACUUGAGACGCUAUAGGAAUUCUGUACUAAACGUAUUUUUAACCGAAGAAUCGAAUAAAAGUGAUACGGUAACAAUUGGAUUAAUUUUGUUGAGUAUUUUGAUCGGCUGACCUAACCGAAAAUUUAUAAAAACUGCCAAUUCUAAAUCAAUACACUAUAAGUAUAAUAUUAUAAUAGUACGGUUGUUUCUCUGAUACGCGGCAGCGCUCGGGAUAUAUUAGGAUUUUUAUAAAUUUAUAGUUGUGUUUGUAUUACUGUUUGUACUUAACAUAACUCAAUAUAAGGAACUUAUUUAGCGUUAAUUGAAUUAAUUAGACUUAAAUCAUUGAAACACAAUUAUUUUUUGCAUUCGCUAAACUAUGUUCGGAUUAUUGUUUCGGGUCGGAUAUAAAAUACAUCCGUUAAGUUUUCUAUAGCAGCAUUAAGUAUAGAGAUUGAUACAUUAAAUGCAGUAACGUUUGUGCAACUAAUUUUAUACAAAACCAUUUCUGUGUAAAUUGAAAAUUCGGAAUGAAAUUUGUACGAGGAACGAUUUUUACUACCGUUAUGUACCUAUCUUUUUGUAUCUUAUUCAGAAUUUGACUGUAAAUCUAUCAUUAUCAAUGUCUGUCACUCAUCAUUUGUGAGUAAGUUAAACGUUUUAUUAAUUAUUAUAUGUACAUUUGGAUACUUAUUCUUAUUCCAAAUUUGUUAAAUAGUUUUUCAGUGUGCGGGUAAAUAAUUUUACUAUAAGUACGAAGUAAAAAAAUUUUCCCUCGAAAUAUCACCCCACCCACUAAGUUUUGUUGGUAAUUGGUCAGGUGGUUACUGUUUACUAUGCACUGUGGUUUUAAUUGAUUUUAAGAUGUAUGUGCAUGAUUUAGGAGUCAGUGAUGUAUGUUAUGUUAGUUGUUACUAUUAUAUUGGUUUAUAUAUAACGUCAAUUACUGCUAUUA